AUGGAAAAUUCAUCGACUGAGGACAAAGCGCCUUUUCCAGAAAAAAAUGGAGAAGUUCAAUGUGGCUAUGAAGAUGAGUUGCUCGAAGAUGUUGGCAGACACAUGGCAGAAAGGUCUGAAAAGCCGCCAAAGAGGACACUGUUCAAUGAUUUGAGGAGGUUUAAAAAUACCCAUGUUUCAAUAAUCACAUUUGGAGGAGAGGCUGUAAAAGGAAAAUUGCUAGGAUAUGAUGAAGUUGCAAACUGUGUCAUUGAGGAUGAAAAUAGAAAAAUAACUGUCGUUUUUGGCAAGGCAAUAACAAUGGUUUGCGACGGCGAUCUUCACCCAUUGUGA